AUGUCGAAGAAACGGAAGAGAGAAGUCGAUGUUGAACUUGUGCAGGUUUAUGAGGGGUUGGCCGAUGAGGACGAGUCUGUGCGUCUCAAGGCUGCUCUGACCUUGGUUACGACUAUCUUCGUUCCAGGUGUUACUACCGAAGAACAAACAAAGUCUAUUCUCAUACGACUCUUUCGUGGCCUAUGCAGUGGCCGCAAGGCAGCCAGGCUGGGCUUCUCUGUUGCUUUGACCGAGCUGCUAGCUGAAGUUUCCAUAUCGUCAGACGCAACCCCAACCACAACAGUACCUGCCUCCCACGUGGUCGAUAUUCUUGAAGGACAAACUGUCUCCGAAGGUGGUACAUCUGGCCAAGAUGAGAGAGAUCACUAUUUUGGGAGGGUCUUCGGCGCGGAGGCGGUCCUCAAAUCUGGUAUCUUAUUCAAGACUUCGGAUCCUGCUCAAUGGAGACGUCUGCUUGACAUAAUUUGUACUGUUGCCCUCAGGAAACCAUGGCUCAGACAAGCAUGUGGUCGAGCACUAUUCACUUGUAUCGCAUCCAAUGAACCCAAACUUGUCCCCGAGGCUUUUGCCAUCGAUACAAUUUCGGCCUUCUCUACUCACAAACUCAUCCGCUCUCCCGAAGGCGUCGCGAUCUGGAUUGCAGCUACUCGCGCAUUUCCAGAUGCGCAAUUUCCAAAUUUGAUUUGGAAGUACGAUGAUCCUUUGGCAAGCAAGGAUAUCAGCUCGCUUACUGCCAUUCUGAAGGAUGCUAGGACCCAGUCCGAUGGCUCGGACGAAUCUUUUGAAGCUCAAGGAUCUGCGGGAUGGUCUGCAAAUUUACAUUUCGCAUGGGACGUAGUCUUGAGUGAGUUAUAUCACGAGGUUCCAAACAGAGAACAAAAUCAACCUCGGUUUGCUGGACGAGCAUCCUUCGAUUUGUUCUGGCAAGUUGUCGUUGAUAAUGGCCUGUUUGCGGAUUCAAGCAGUACAGAGCGCAAAGCAUGGGGUUUCAGUCUCUGGAGAAAGACGUUUGAAACGGCGCCCCAGUCCGUUCUCCAAUAUACAUUCUCGCAGCAAGCUCUACGCUGUCUGGUCAAUUCUCUCAAGGCUCCAGAAAGAUAUCUACAGAAAUCUGCACAGCGGGUUACUCAGAUCUUUGCCACCCGUCUCUCCGGGUCUGGUAUGGCUUCCACCGAUCAAACCCUCAUUGGCGUCUGUGUCAAGUCACUACUGGAGAGUGUGUCGUUCGGAGACUUUGAUCAAAUCACCAAGACAAAAGCCAUCCACAACAUUCUUGAACUGGAGCAACAUCCAGUCCAAGAGGCCAUUUUCAUCGCUCUUGAGACCCUACUCAAUGACACGUUCAUCGUAGACGAUGAAAAGACGCGAUCUGUUCAACAAAAAUGUAUUAUAGCUCUUCAAGGUAAACUUUUGGCAGCCUCGUUACGGCACUCCGAACACCAGGUAGCAACGAAGGAGGUGAAUGCCUCUCACUUGGCUCUCUGUCUAUUGAUCCUCAAGUGUUGGGUGAGGAGAGUCUACGUCACAGCUCACGGAAACCCGACACAUGGCAUGCCUCGGGGAAGUCUGACCGACCAAGCUCGUGGUCUUCUCAGAGAUCGUCUUGCUUCAGGGUUUGAGCAAACGCUUAAAACUGAAGCCCCGGGUAUUGGGCUGGUACGAGAGGUCAUGAUGAGUCUGCUGCAAUUGGAGAAAGAAGGUGCUCCAAUGGAUAUCGAGUUUGAAGAUGCUAUCAGCAAGGAAGUCCAGAAAGCCUGGAAGAGGUUGGCCAAGCUCAAAAUCUCAAAUGGAGAGCCAGUGAACGGUGCAACUUCAAAGGGCAACAAGGUUUCAUUCCAUGAUGGUCUUGCGCUUUUGUAUUGUUUGGUACUUUUCCAGGUCUACAACGGAGAGGCAGAGGCAGUUGAGAUUUUGCAGGAAGUUAAUGCCCUGGAUGACCAGUGGAAGCAGAACACGAAGGCGAAAUCGGCCCCAGUAGGCGACGAUGUUCCAAUUGUUCAGAUUUUGCUUGGCUUUGCGUCUCGCCCUUCCAAAUUCAUGAGACGUGUCACUGUUCAAAUUUUCGAGUCUUUUGCACCACUACUCAGCCGCCAUGGUCUCGAAUCGUUGUGUGAGGUUCUCGACGCCAAAGAAAAUGCUCAGGGUCAACAGGAGAUGUUCGAAGCGACAGACAUCGAGGUGAAUGAGGAUGACGCAGAUCGCAUUGACUCCGAUGUGGAGGAAGUAUCUUCAGAUGUUGAGAUUGUGGAUGCUUCAGACGAAUCGGAUGGUGACACUAGUACUGAUUCUGAGGCUGAGGAUUCAGACUCGAACUCAGAAAAAGAGCAGGGUGAAGACGAAGAUAGUGAAGACGAGAAGGACGAAGACCUUGCGGCGUUCGAUGCGGCUCUGGCCUCAGCGCUCGGAACUCGAAGUCUGAAUCAAACUGAUGGAGACGCGACAUCAGAUUCUGACUCUGAUUCUGAUGCCGAUAUGGAUGACGAUGAAAUGAUGGAACUGGAUUCGAAAUUGGUUGAAGUCUUCCGCGCGCGUGAAGAGGAACAAGCCAAAAAGAAACAACGGUCAGGGAAAGAGGCAAAAGAGAAUAUCAUCAAUUUCAAGAAUCGCGUACUCGACCUCAUCGAUUUAUAUCUGAAACAACAACACCAGAAUGCACUGGCAAUUGAUCUUAUCAUCCCACUACUGAGAUUGGUCCGGACUACCCAGGCUAAGCAAAUAGCGAUCAGGGCAGGCGAUAUUCUUCGAGGCUUGUCUUCCAGAUGCAAAGGACAAAUCAUACCCAAUCUAAAAGAUGCGACUGGCCUUGAGCAUGCAGCAGCAGUCCUGACGCAGAUCCAUGAGGAAGCAUGUUUGCAAUCGUCCAAUGCACACUCAACCUUGGCGAGUCUCGGCAGUCUUCUUCUGGUGAAGGCAAUUACCAAAAAGGAUCGUGAAAGCAUUCGAGUCGUAGUCGACAUUUAUGCGGAUACCCGGCUCAGGCAGUUGACCGAUAAGUCUUGCUACAUAGCACCCAGCUUUUUCUCGGACUGGAAUAACUGGUGCCAGAGCAUUGAGAAGAGGCUAGCUCAGUAA